AUGUGGCCCUUUGGGUUACUGUUGCUCUAUGUCUAUACCGCGCCGUCUGAUGAAGCCUGUGAGGGGGCGGCCACUGCUUCCAGUGGUUUGCUUCAAUCCAAGGUGAUCAAGGCUCUGAGUCUUGAGCACACGCACGAGGAGGAUUUGGUGGAUCCUUUAAGCUUGAAGGAACAGGGCAAUCAAAGCAAUGAUCUGGCUGCUCAUUGUACGCCCAAGUCCCGAAAGCCUGCUGCGCCGAAGUCCGCAAAGCAUGCAGAGAUGGCUGCCAUCGCACAGGAUAUGAUCAAGCAAAAGCAGAAACAGCAGGUGAUGGGUGAAACCUUAAGUUGCGAUGGCAUCACUUUGGUGGAAUAUGGUGUGACCACCAAGAAUACCAGCUGCUGCCCAUCUGACAGCAUCAAGUGUGCCGGUUGCGCCAUGUAUGACACGGUGGCGGAGUCCUGCAAGAAGUGUCAGGGUGGAUACAUCAUGCAGGAUGGCCUCUGUGUGGCGUGCGAAGACACAGUGGGCUGGGUCACCAAGGAAGGUGCCACCUGCGACAGUUUGAGCGGCGCCAUGUGCAAUGAUCGUCCAGUGAAUGGAGAGAGCAGCAAGCAGGCGUGCUGCAAAUGCGGCGGAGGCAAGAAGCUGGCCACGCCCUUCCAAUAUGCCGACAAGCGCUACGCCGUGGGGGGGGAUAUUGAUAUGGUUCCGCUGCCGCGCACCGCAACGCGAUAUUCCGUGAACUCUGCCUGCGAGUUUUCAGCUCACAACAUCACCAUGAAUGGCAGCACCGGACACAUCAGCUAUGCUCCUGGCAAGGACCCUCCCCAGAAGCCCUUUGGCGUGGCCUGCGAAGUCACGGCGCACCAAGCGGCCGGGUUGAGCGAAACGGUGAAGGUGGCGGUGAACGUCGAUUGGUUCACCUACGGCGCCUCGGUCUUGGUCUUCUCCCCGAGCACCGUGGGCUUUUCGCCGGAGACGGAUCAAGGCACCUGGCAGGAGUAUGGCAUGGUCUGCACUCCUGAAGCUCCCUGGCUAGUGCAGAAGAUUGCCACGGGCGCGCUCACCGCCGAUGGAAACGGCACGGGAGGAGCCGUCACGGAAGUCGACGACUCCCUGGGCAUGGACGGAGCCUUGUGCCAGGCCUCAGCCAUCCAAUUGGUAGGCACACCUGGCGAGGAGCGACGUGAGAGGCGCUUGUCGAACUUUGUGGCGAUCAGGCCCCGGCCCUGGCCACAGAUGGAGUACGAGAACAGCUACGUCGAGGUGGUGACGGGUGAAGAACUGCCGCCCAUCAAGCUGAAGACACCCCCAGGUUAUGAAGAGGGCAUGGGCGGAUUGAAACCCAGCCAAAUCCAUCUGGCCUGUCGGGUGGAAGCGGAGAGCUACAACGGUGUCACGAAUCCACACUACCACUUCGACAGUUUGAUCAAUAUGGGGCUGCUGGGGAGCCACCACAUCUUCGAAGUGGAUCAGCAUGGCAGCAUCAUCGUUGCCCCUGCGGAGUCCAUGGCGAAGAUCUUCGACGACGUGGAUGCCGAGGUGCUGAAGCGCAAGUCCCUCCUGGUGAGGUGCGGUGUGUGGGGUACCUUCCCUGGAACCCCCUUCCCGCCACUGUAUACCUCUCUGGUGGUCAAGAUCAAAGACAGCAUGUGCUGGGUCCAAGAGAAGUUCCGUGGCACGGUGGUGGCCACGCAGACGGCCCAGAACGCGGCCAGCUGCAGGAACCUUUGUCGCGGCUUGAAGACCUGCUCCCACUACAAGCACGAUGCGAACAAAGAUGACCAAGGACCUUGCAAGAUGUACCGCAUGGACACCGAAGGUGGCGCUCCAGUGACAGCCACUGCCAAGGUGACUGACUGUUCCGACCUGAACACCUGCAUUCGCUUGAAGCAUUCUCGGUGGGUCAUUUCAGGCGACUAUUGCCCUGUGGCCUACGACUUUGCGCGUGGUGGACCUGUGUACCGCAAAAGCAGCUCCAUUCCCGAGGAGGUCUUGUAUCUGGCCACGGUUCCCAAGGGCUCUUUGUCGACCUGCGGCGAGGGCAAUUGGUUGGUGCAACUCGCGUCUCCUGAUACCGACUUCAUUGAUGAGAAGAUGGGCUACUUUGAGUUGAAAGGUAGCGAGGAGAUGUGCCUGAAAGCUUCCUUGCCGUCCACGGACAUCAUCUUCGGAAAUGCCGCGCAGGCGCCACAGGGCCAGUGGAAUCUCAUCUAUGCCACUGGGACCUAUGCCCCUUUGCCUGCUGCCUUGUUGGAAGACGAGCUGGAAGACGUGCCUCUGGAUGUCGGAAGUUCGGAAGAUGGAGAUGGCGAGUGGGAAAUGGAGGAUCAAGAGACUUCCACAGAGGAGGAUCAGGAGGAUCACGAAGCAUCCGCAGAGGAUCAAGAGGACCAUGAAGGUUCCGAAGGGUCUGCGGUGAAGGAGGACGAGGAAACGGACGACCACCAGGAGUCCAAAGAAGGGGAGGCUCUCGAUCAGGAAGAGACACAUCAAGAUCAUGAUGAUGAUGAUGAGAGCCUUCAAGAGGAGGACGAGUCGAGUCUUGAUGCAAGUUCCGGUGGCUCGCUGGGACUGGCGGCCAUGUACAAGUUCAACAGCAAAAUCCGCGCCGCUGGUUCCGGCAUCAUCCGCCGCGAGUGCGACGGCUGCGCGGAUACGCACAAGGAUGUGUACAUGAAGCGCUAUGAUGAUCUGACCACAUACAAUGCCUAUCAGGACUUGACCUGGAAGUGGCGAGGAGACGAUGGCUUCCACACCAAGUUCGAUCUCUUUUCCAGUCUGAGUGACGCUCUGACCGGAACGAAUCCUUGGACAUUCUGCGAUGGCGAUGAUGCGUUUGUGGGUUUCCCCAGGAAUUGCGGCCCCAGCGGACUUACCGGCCAUAACUGGAAUCCCCACAAACCAAACGUGAGGUUCUCCGUCUGGCAGCCGACCAUCUACGAGGCCGAUGCGGAAUGGGAGGUGAUCUAUGCCACCGGUGACUAUGGAACCAAAUUGGCGGACAAGUCCACCUUCAACACCUUCGCCCGGGAGAGCUCCAUGGGCAUCUUCCGUCGCGAAUGUACUCCCAACUCUUGCAAGGCGGACUAUCGCGACAUAUAUAUCCGCCGCUAUGAGCCCUUGACCAACUACGAUCCCUAUGAGGAUUUGAUGGUGAAGUGGCGUGGAGAUGUGGGUUUCCACGAGAAAUUUGACAUCUUCAGCAGUUUCGAAGACGCCAUCAGUGGAUCCAAUCCCUGGAUGUAUUGCAACGGCAACGACAAUGGCGUGGGCUUUCCCAGGGACUGCGCCCCGUCCACGAGCACCAAGCAAACGGGGCAGUGGAUCAGCAUGGGGAAAGAUGGUGGGGUGAAACUGAACUACAGGUGGUCGAUCCUGAAGCUGGGCACCACGAAUCAGGUGGGCCUGGAUUGGGCCACCCUGCCCUGUCCGAAGCCUUUGUUCCCGGAACCAGAAGAGGAGGGCGAGCUGCAAAAGUUGGUCUUUGACGAUCCAAGCACCUCACAGGUGGAGGAUUACUGGCUGCAUCCCUGCGAUUGUUUGAAUCCAACCACCUGGGGCACAGGACUUCCAGCUGAUGCCAGCACCUUUGAAGGAAUCCCUCCAGGAAGCAAAGGUGUCUUCGUGCCACCGCCUUACCUCAUCGUCUCCGGGCAGUUCGCAUGCCCCUCCCGGCAGCUUCUGCCAGGUGCUGCAGGGGUGCAUUUCAAGACGGAGGCCGAGUCGGGCGAACCCGUCGACUGCCAAGAGCGCUGCCAGGGAGAGGCGAACUGCACCUUCUUUUGGACUGGAACCUCCCACGGCGCCGACACCUGCCGUCUCUUCAAGGGCUGCGACAGCUUGGUGCGCGAGUUCGGCAUGGAGGGCGAUUUGAUGGCCUUCCCACGCACGGCCGCCUGUGCAGUGUCCAACCCUGAGGCCUGUUGGAAGACGACCAUGCGCCGUUCCUUCCUGAUCCAGACCGAGGGCACCUCCCCGGCCCUGUCGCGGCCACCGGCGGUGCAGAACCAGGGCGGAACGCUGAACUUCAAAACUCUGUCCUCCGCAACACGGAAUCUGGGCACCGGCUACGACGAGACCUUGAGCGAUUUGUCCAAGAUUCGCAUGAGCGGCUUUGACCACAGGUACAAUGGUCAAGGCUACUUCAGAGGUGUCUCGGGUAUCGCCACCGCCACGGUGAACAACUUAAAUCCACACAAGGACUACAAGUACGACAUCAAGAUGGAAGCAUUUGAUAAAGCAAACGAUAUCAACAACAAGUUUUCCGUGAACCAUGGCUCCCAGACCUCGAUCCAGCUGAAGUCCUCCCGGCGGCGUCGCGCCUACCAAGCCUCGGGCACCGUCAAAGCGACGCCCCGCGGCGAGAUCAUGUUCGAAUUUGAAGCGGUGGACUUUCCCUUGAACGCCUACGUGAGCAAGAGCGGGCAGGGCUCCACCGCCUCGCGCAACUGCCGUAGGAGAUACCAAAUCACCAGCUGCAACUGCUACGCGGUGAACGGCAAGUGCGCUGGCGCCAAGAUCGGCACCGACGGCACCUGCACGGCCUACGGCAACAAGGAUGUCAGCAGCCCCGGCCAAUACACCAACCCCUCGGUGGAAGCGCAUGCCUACUGUGUGGCUUUGACCUUCCAGCAAGGCAUUUCAUACGUCACCAGCUCCGGGCCCAGCUUCUCAUGGCUGGAGACCGGCGCCGGCGCCAAUGGUUCGGUCGAGGAUAUCCAGCUGACAGGCGUCAGUGAAGACGAGGACGAGGACGAGGAUGAUGGCGAAACUGCCGCAGAAAUCGACCAUGAAGGAAAGGUGUCGGACGAGGAUGAUGAUUUGACUCCAGAAGAUGAAGAACCUGAAGAGAAGAAGGCAGACGAAGAGGACGAUUCUCUCAUGGAUGAUGACGAAGACUCUGAGGACGAGGUCAUGGGCGAAGACGGCCUGGAAGAUUCUCAGGAUGCUCAGGAUUCUCCUGAGCUAAGUAACGCGUCACUGGUGGGAGCUGUGGAUACUCAAGGACAGAAAGGUGGCAAGAUCUGCUGUUCGCGCCGCCGGCGUCGGCGCCGCCGCCGCUCCCGACGCCGUCGCUCGCGCCGCAGAAGACGCUCCCGGCGUAGACGCUCCCGGCGCAGACGCACGCUGCCGAGUAAUGUCUAUGCUUCAUGCCCUUCUGGUUACAAAGUGUUGAGCUGCACCUGUUACCAGGACUCCUUCAUCGAAUUGGUCCACGGGCAGACGGUCAGCCAUCACUGUAAGAAGAUCUGGAAGGAUACCAACAACGAACGGUGCUAUGCUGAAGGCGGUUACGCGCAGGCGAUCUGCAGUAAGAUGCAAUCCCCGGUUGCCACGGCAUGGAGCAUCAAGGAGUCCUCGGCGACCCACGUGAAGGAUGACGAGAAUGUCUAUGUCUCCACGAAAUGCAACAGCGGGUAUCAGAUGACCGGCUGCUGGUGCAUGUCUUACAGCGGCAGCAGAGACCACUGCAAUCGGGUGAGGAUGGACGUUGCAGGUGAAUGUCGAGUUCACCCUGGAAAUCUGCGUGGAACGCACAAUGUGCAAUUGAGGGCGCAGGCCAUGUGUGUGAAGUUAUUGACCUCAUAUAUGACGGUGAGUGAGAUCAAAUUGACGCUGCAGGGCUCUUCUUUGACAGAGACUGGCUCGGCGGUCUCCAGUGGCUUCAGUCCUGAUCCAUUCUCCUUCAUCCACAUCCAUCUCUACCAGCAAUGUGAUGCCCUGCUGCUGAUGGGAGGCGUUGGGGUGGAGCAUUGCAGCCGACCCUUGUACCGCAAGAGCGACUCCCACGUGUGGAUGGGCAAGACGCCGCUGCCUGAAAGCUUUGCGCAUGGGCGGCAACUCACGGCCUCCUGCUGGCGUGAGCGCUUCACGGCCUUCCGCAGCGGGGUGAAGACUUCUGCAGAGACCUUGCAGUGCAUCAAUGGAGAGUGGAUCAACAGCUUGAAGAAGAAGGAGCUGGACGGCUUUGCGUGCGAAUCCUGUGUCACGGUGGCUGGCUCCGGGUUCCAAAAGUUCAGGAAGAGAAAGGAGCAGG